AUGGGUAGACCUAACGUCAACCUACAACUAACCUCUAUUAUUAGUGGAAAAUAUAUAGCUUGUCGUAAGCUUGGUGAAGGUGGAUGUGGAGUGAUUUAUGAAGUCGCUCUCAUCGAGUCACCUCAUCGACGGUUCGCUUGCAAGGCAGAAGACCAGGAUAGUGCACGAGAGGAGGAGAUCCUAAAGAUGGAAGCUAAAGUUAUGAAGAAAAUUAACGAGACUAAAAGCCUUCAUUGUCCGUUGUGGGUUGAAAGUGGCAAAUUUGACAAUUACAACUUUAUGAUCAUGACACUUCUCGGACCUUCAGUCAGCGAUUUAAGAAAAAUUAUUCCAAGUCAGAAAUUUACACUUUUCACUGUCACAGUGAUUGCAGUUCAAGCGCUCGACUCUUUACGAGAACUCCACAAUGCAGGGUAUAUCCACCGAGAUGUGAAACCAUCGAACUAUGCGAUCGGUGAGACGGGAACUUCGAAGGAGAAAGUAAUCCACAUAUUUGAUUUUGGAUUGGCAAGAUCUUUCAGGAGAAUGACUCCAGGCGGAAAAUUGGUGCUUCGAAAUCCCAGAAGGACGUGUCAAUUUAGAGGAACAAAUCGUUACUGUUCAAUCAAUGCACAUAGUAGAGAGGAACAAGGUCGUCAUGAUGAUCUCUGGUCACUUUUCUAUAUGCUUGUAGAAAUGUUAAUCGGUUCCUUACCGUGGAAGAAUAUGAAUGAUCAUGCGGCCACAGAGCGUGAAAAGACUGAAAAAGAACCGGAACUCCUGGAACAAUCCCCAAAAGAGUUCGAGCUUUAUCUAAUCCACAUAAAGCAACUGGGUUAUGAGAUCACUCCAGGCGGGCAAUGCCUAUACGUGGUCGUAGAUUGUGUGGAAGGGGAUGAUUUCGUUCAUCUCUCUUUGUAUCAGUGUAAACGGACUAUCGCGGAACGCUGUUUCUUACGACGUCUUCUGUUGCAAUGCGCAACGUUAGCGCCUCGCCCCGCCUGCGAUUCGUUGAAGACCCUUACGGACGAAUCGCAGGCGGGAGGCGGGAAACAGCGUUCCGGGGUUGUCCGUUCACAUUUGUGCAAGAUGCAAAUCUCAGCGGAGGAACCACUUUCAUACGAUAGAGAGCAUCAGAGCAGGUUAUACGGUACUUCUCAAGAGGAAGUGUUGAUCUAUUCAUCUAUAUAA